UCAACACCAACCAUCACUUCUUUCUCUGGCUUUGACUGCUCUGCCUCUCUGUUCUUUCUGAUUCUUUAAUUACAAGUUACUGGGAGAUGUGUUUGAUCACGGAAGCUGAUGAUCACGACGGUUGUGCGUUAGUUGCCCCUCAGAAUUUCUCGAUGGUUGAAGUUGGAAUCUACCGAUCUGCGUUUCCUAAACCCGAGCAUUUCGAUUUCCUCACAGCCCUUAGUCUUCGUUCCAUAAUUUAUCUUUGUCCUGAACCAUACCCUGAGGAGAGUUUGAAGUUUUACGAGGCCAACAACAUCAAGCUUUUCCAAUUUGCAAUCGAAAGCCAAAAGGAUCCUCCAAAUCCAAUACCAGAAGAUACAGUUUUGGCUGCUCUGAAAGUCUUAGUUGAUGUAAGAAACCAUCCGAUCCUCAUUCACUGCAAAGCCGGAAAGCAUAGGACAGGUUGUUUGGUGGGAUUCUUAAGAAAAGUUCAGGACUGGUGUUGGUCAUCGGUGCUAGAGGAAUACCAGAAGUAUGCGGGUCCGAAGUGCAGACAGAGGGACUUGAAGUGUAUUGAGAGAUUUGAUACCGUGAGAUUGAGGCAGUGUCUCUUGAGCAUUAUGUAUCGUUAUCUCGGUUACGGCCCUAAUAGGAAAAGGUUGCUCUACGAAGAGGAAAACGUCCAGGCACCGAAACUGAAAGCUAAAGUUUUUGAAAACGAGAUCAACCAAGUGGGCCCGGCCCAUACAUAAAUGCUUAAGUUGCUUUAUCAUUUUUCUUAAUAACUUGUCAAGUCUUAAAGUGUGGGUUUAGUAGGCUAGUAGCCAUUAUCAUUGUUAAAUUUACAAUCAAUUACUAAAA